UUAUGAUCAGAACUUACGUGCACGAUGUAUUGGAAAAAAUUUAUCGUGAAAUCACGCGGGAGGAGUCGUUCGAAUCGUUGGAACUUACCGUCAAUGAAAUAAUCAAAACUCAGGAGGGCGAACGUGAGCUUGAAAUAAACUGUGAGUUGUGGAACGAGCAGGCAAAACAACUCGGGGAACUGGUAGAAUACCAUAACUUGGAGUUUGAGGAAACGCGAAAAAAAAAAAUCGAAAUAGCUCAGGAUUUGAAUGCCGAAAUUGAUCGGUCAAUAUUUCGAAAUGGUUCAAAAUUGGGAUACGUCGAAAGGUGGGAAGGAGCACAGCUUGAAAAGCAAGAAUUAAAGCUGUCAGAAAAGGAAUCGGAAUUACUACGUGCGAAAGCGAACUGCGAAAAGUUAGAGAAGGCGGAUCAGAUAGUGUCCGGAGAGGUGAAAACUUAUCUCGAAGCAAACACCAGAGAAAUGGAGGACGAAAUUAUAUCAUGGACUAGCCAAUACAACGAGGAACUUGAAAGACGGCAGCAAGAGAUGAGCGAAUUUCGAGAGCACAUCAUGGAUCAAUUAUUGGAGUUAAACGAGUUAAAAGCGUUGAAAGACUCGAGGCAAGCUUUCAUCGAUGAGGUAACAGCUGAAAAGGAACGUUUGAUACGCGAAGAAGAAUAUUGGAAAGGAAUUCAUCGAGCUGCAACAAUAAUUCAAUGUCAAUGGCGGGGCUACAUGGUUCGUAAGCAAAUUGGUCCAUUCAAGGGCCUCUGGCUGAGACUCAAGAGGCGUAAACGGGGAGAAGGUUUCGCACGCAAACAUAUUGUUACAAUCCGUGAUGUUUUAUAUCAAACCAGUAUCACAACGGCAAACUGACGAGCUGACAGAAUCGAAGUAAUACUGCCUGCCGUCGAAGUAGACCAUGCAAAUUAGACAGGGGAAAUAUUAAACUGAUUCAACCAUUGUAACAAUAUACUGUAACACACACGUACGUACAUUCGUAUGCCAAUUUCUCCGGGUGAGGGGCGAUUUAUGUAUUAUGUAUAUCUAUGUGUAUAUAUAACUCAUGAAGCUUCGAGUAAAUUAUCUAAAUACGGGGACGUAUGUAUAAUAUAUACAUAUAUCCUAUUAUUCUCGCCACAAAAUGAAGAGAAUUGGAAAUGAUGAAAAAAAAAAAAUUAUAAAAACA